GCGCGUUCAACUAGUACGUUUCGUGCCUUCGACGAGAAACCUCGUCGUCGUCAUCGUUUCCCGAGUUUUCAUUUUCUUUUUCCCCAACCUUUUCCCGAACCGAGUUUCCAUUUCAAUCGUUCGACAUAGUAUCGAGAUCGAAUCGUUUCUCCUUUCCGAAAUCCUGUGCAUAGGCAGAUAUAUUCCGCCCAAGAGCAGAUCUUCGCGAGAAGAUUCUAAUAAUCGGGAAUAAUUGUGAAGUUGGAGAACCGUGAUACAAAAUGCCCGUGGAAUUAGAACCAGUGACGUCGGUUACGCACAAACCCUAUUCGCUUUGCAACGGGAAGAAGAUGAACAACCUGUGCAAGCAGGUGUCUAUCGACAGCCCGAGCGUAUCUGAUCGCGAAUGGGUGUUCAGUUUCGACGUGCCCGUUCCGGACGUCCCGGCACACGGAGCCCGCAUCCGAGUGAUGUGUGCAGGUGCUUGUUACCAUCCUCGUCGAUCGCCCAGCCUAUCUAGCCUGAUUUCCGUCUCCAGUGGUAGCAGUUUAGCCACGGAAGUCUCCGUAGAAGGCGACUUCCCGGUGGGGUUACCUCAUCACGGGGUCCGAGACGCGUCCCUGUUCCCCGGAUACGAGGUCUCAGGCGUGAUCGAGUCGCUUGGAGCAAACGUGCCGGAGGACUGUGGCUACACGGUCGGAGAUCGAGUGAUUCUUUACCCUUACGAAGGCAUACCAAACGGAUACGUGGAAUACCUGGUCGUGCACGACCUCAAGUACCUCAUAAAGAUCCCUGACAACGUGAGUCUCAGCAUCGCGGCGAUGCUACCAGCUGGAGCUCUGCUGGCCAUGAACACCGUUUUCGCCGCCCACGAACACGUCCAGGCGUUGUUGAAGGAGAGAGGCGAGAAGAUUUGCAAAAUCCUGAUAGUAGGCACCGGUGGUCUAGCUCUUUGGGCUCUCAGAAUCGCGGCGUAUCACUUCAGUAAUAUGAAAGAUAGGGUUACCAUCACUAUUGCUUCGUUGAAGGAUGACGGAUUGACCAUGGCUCAAGAGUUCCAACGAGUAAACGUGGUACAGUGGAACGAGGAUCUGUACGAGAAACUGCUGAUCGAGCGCACAAUGGACGCUUGUCAGGGUCACGUGGACGUUGUGAUCGAUUUUGGCACCACUUCUCGCAGCCUUCAUCGCAGUAUGCAGUGCCUGAGCAAAGGGGGUGUGGUGUUCGUGACGAAGGAAGUGGCUGAUCGACUUUUGCCAAAAUUCAAUAGACGCACCGAGGAAUGGCAACAGAGCAUCAAACCGGUCGAACCUGGCACCUUGGAGCAACUCAGCGAGCUGGUCGAAUUGAUAGCUUCCGGCAAGAUAGAACCGCCGCCGCACACAGUGUAUCCGGCCGAUGAUGUGCUCGAAGUGGUACGCAAAUUGUGUCGCUCCGAGAUCCAAGGACGCGCGAUUUUACGCUUCUUCUAAAUGGAACAUCGCGUGCGAGGAUUAUUUAAUGAGCAGUCAAGCGUACCGGAAUCACCUUCGGUUAAUUAGGUAUUGCGCGGCCGGUGCGGAUGAACGAAUACUCAGGGGACACUGACGUUUCACGGAAUCAUCGAGAUAAUAGGUCCUCCUUUGUUUCGUGUAAUUUCUUCACCGCGCGAGAAACAAAGAGCAACGCGAGUAACGGUAUAGUUGUCUUUCAGAAAACGUUAGAUCGUUCGAACGAUUUAUGCUGGAGGAGAUAUAACCUUAAAAGAUACAAAGUCGAAGGAGGAAGAGGAGGAGGACGAGUUAGAGGAUACACGUGUAUCGCAACAUAGAUAUAUCAAUGAUAUAUGUACAAUAAUGAUUUCUUUGAAUCGAUUCAUAUAGAUUGUGCUGUUGCUUUGUAUGUAACGAGAAGACUAGUGGUUCUCGUAUUUUUCUUCAUUUCGUUUCAAUGGUGUUUAAUUACGCUUCGGAGACGUGAUUGAAAAUCGUGAACCAGCGAAUGCACGAGUGAUUUCACGAAAUGGUAUGGUUAUAGAGUAGUAAAGAAGUUAGGUUCGAGGAACGAUGUCGUGUAAACGUACGGAAUAUGGAUAGAGAAAGUUUUAGCGUUGAAUCGUGCGGGUAAGCCGUUACGCGAGUAUUUUUCGUCAUUUUUUCGCUAUUAUCACAAUAUUUUGCUUUCACUCGUGAACCAAUAACGGGACCCGAUUUGUAUUAUACGUAAUCUUUAACGUUGGUAGAUUUUAACGAUUCUAACCAAUACGAUGACUCGUAGUCACGAUUCUUUUAACGUUCGAGGUUUCCUAAUUGUAACGAUGAUCUGUCAAUAUAACAAAGCACAAUCUGUUAUAAAAAUUCGCAGAUACGUUUCUCUAUACUUUUUCCGAUCAUUGAACAAAGUUAUUAUCGGUUAAUAAUUGAUUAAUUGUAAGUUAAGCCUCAGGUAGAUUAUAACCUAUAAUCGUGGUAUAAGAAGAGCGAACAAAUAAAUAUAUGUACGUAUAAGUUCGAUGUAUCGGAAGAUGAUUAACAAUAUCGUUAAAUAUUUAACGUCAAUUGAAUUAUAAUGAUUGUUAUGGUUUAAAAUGUCUAAGAUGAAAUACCGGCCUGCAAACGUUCGAAAAAUUUAAAGUUAUUUGCGGAGACUGUAAUCGGGUCGAUAAAUGUUGUUCCAAGUGACGUAAAUCGUACUCAGAAUGCAUUUCAACACGUACUCGAAACAUAAUCGACCGAUUAAAAACAGGAAGUAAAACGCUUCUCCCAAAUGAUCGGGGUUACGAGUAAUGAAACAUAUCUGCCAGCGGUUUUGCAAAUGAGACUGCAAUCACGCGAAGGGAACCGAUUACUCAAUGUAGGUCUGGUAGACACUGAUUCGCAUAAUGUAAUCAUUUAUAAGAUACGAUUGUCUCGUAAUCGAAGCACGAAAAUUAUUUUCAUCGAAGGUAUCAGUAUUUCUUUUUUAGAAAGCGCGAUUUAGAAUAAGUUGACCGAUCGUCCUAUGCGUACAUGAAAAAUGACUAAUCAUACUUCACAUUGCAGUUAUUAAGUCGCUGGACCUUGAAAGACUGUUUUCUUUGUUUAAGGGUAACAUUACCUCUCGUCCUUUUUUUUUCUUUCCUUUUUAAUUUUUCAUUGUAAACCUAGCCGAUAAUGUAACGAUGUGGACACUCGUAACACCACGUGUUCUUGCACCGACUGUUUAUCGUGACAGUAAUUGUAUUAUAUUAUGGUGAUAAUACAACAGAUUUACCAAAAAUAA